GAGACAUGGCAUGAAUGAUCGUGUCUUGUCAGCAGUUUUGGAAUUGGAAGUGAAUCGGACAUGUUCGAGACAAUCGGAACUCCUGGCGGCUUGUGAAUAUCAGUUUUGUGUUAUCCAUCAUUGACCAUCAAAAGCACAACAAUCUUUCCUCUUAGUUUAAACCUUAAAAUAGCCUGGAUAGUACUAACAAAAACGCCGCUUGAAAUCAUUUUUGCCUGGCUGUGACCAUCUGGGAACUUCGUCUUUGGAUGUUUUGAUCCUCGAGUGAAAAAUGUCGGAAGACAAAAUCCCGAAAAUCAAAGAACGAAUGAAAGCUUUGCGAGAAAGCUAUGCUUAUAAAGCGAACCAGGUUUCCCGAUAUGGAAAAGUCAAGGAAGCCAAAGUUAACAAGGAUUUCUUCGAUCGGCAUGCAAAUAUUGGACUAACGGACAACAAAGCGUAUCCUACCAGAGAUCUAAUUCAGUGUCCAGUGAUACCACAUCAUAAAGUUGGAAUUCGGCGAGCAGAAGCACAUCUCGGCCACUGCAAGAGGACUCAUGAUGUAACGAUUGACGAUUGCGAGAUCAAUGAGAAACACCACAAUUUUCGCCGGGAAUUGGCCGCAGAACAUUAUCCGCUCUGCGCCACAUUUCUCUUGCUGAAGUACCGUUUCGCACACGGCUGGCCAGCGGCCUACUACUACGAGCAUGACUUCCGCAGUGUGUCCAUUCGUCGCUGGAGUGCGGAGGAAGCGGCAGCGGUUAAGGAGGACUUGUGUGGAGCUGAGCCGUGGCUUGGCUGCAGCAAAAAACAUCCGCCGCAUUCGCAGUGGUAUUUGCGCGACACCAACACACAUCAGAUGGAGAUGACCGGAAUAUUGUUAGAAGAUCUUUGUGAAGACGUGAAAGAAGCCGCCGAAAAAAUUGAGAAAAGCCUGGAUCAGCGCGCCAAGAGCCGUCCCUUGCCCAACUUCUAUGGACGCCGUCCCCCCAGACUGGAAAUUCCGAGAUACAAACAACUGGGAGAGAAGCACUUUCCUCUAGUCCCGGUGAAAAAAUCGAAGCGCGUUCAUUUUGAUUUCGAUGCUUGGCUGUACAGCGACUGCGAUCGCCUUAAAAGUAACGACUUUCAACAAGGUUAUUUUCCAGCGCGCUGAAGACAGGCAGCGCUUCGAAGGACGAAAUCUCAAUCAGUUACAGUGAAUUUAAUUACCAUGUACGAAUAGCGAUUUUACUUUUUUGGUAGCUGCGGGUAGUGUUGUUCGUUUAUUGUUGACAUAUUUGCCUAUCAUAUCUUUUGUUGUCUCUGUGCUUCCAGGCUUUUGUUUGUCAUAUUUUCGCGAAAUAGUCUUUUGGGCACCGUUUUGACCACGACUGGAUUACAAAUCACUGUGUCCAGCGCGGCGCUUCGUUUAGCAGUAGCAAAUCGAUUAAGAUGUAUAUGGAUUAGUAAGUACCGUUGUAUAGUUAUUUCAUUUUUUAUGAUGUCUCUUCUGUUUAUAUGUUGUGUUUACAUAUGCCCACAUAUACAUUUGCUUAGUUUUACACUAUAUGUUAUUAUACCGUACACUCCAGUUGCAUAAUAAUCACAGAGCGGUAUUUGUUUGCAUUGUCACUGUACAUGCAUUGAACUUUCGGUUAAUGUUUGACGCAAAUCGUUAAGUGGUGCAUUAUUGCUGCUAGUAGAAAAAUGCACUCGUAAAUUAUAGUAACUAUUUCCUGCC